CGUAAUCAGGAUAUUGGAUAUUGGGCGGCAAUUCGAAAGCGGUUUAUUCUUCGCUCUAACUAAAAUCCUUGGUUGCGUUUUCAAACAACAGCCUACCAUCCUCAAGCUAAUGGUAUGGUAGAACGUCUACACAGACAGUUGAAAGCUGGCUUAUCAGCUGCAAAUAACACCCAUUGGACUGAAUCCUUUCCGUUAGUUCUCCUAGGGAUACGAAACGCUUUAAAAACCGAUGCUGGUUGUACUACCGCUGAGCUAGUAUAUGGCACGACACUACGACUGCCAGGUGAGUUUAUUUCUCCCUCGAGCUUCCCACCAGCGUUAGAUCACUCCUCACACGUCAGCAGGCUUACAAACGCAAUGCGUUCAGUUAAACCUGCUCCCCUCCGACCACAGUCUAUUGAUGUCUUCGUUCACCCCUGUUUAAAAACUUCUUCACACGUAUUUGUUUGUCGCGACUCUGUGCGUCGCCCUCUAGAACCCCCGUAUGACGGACCAUAUAAAGUAAUUAAACAUACGGAUAGAUUCUUUGUUUUAGGCAAAAAAGGCCGCGAAGACGCCGUCGGCAUUGACCGUCUGAAACCGGCUUACUUAGAAGGUAACCCUAUUAGCUUAGAGCUAAGCGUGCCCGAUAAUCCGCAAGUAAUUGAAGAUCCUUUAGUCCUAGAAGAACUCCUUAGCACGGCGAAAACCACCGAACCCUCUAAAAAACGCAUUCUGGACGUCACGUGAGAUUCCCGGAAUACCUUCACACCUAUAUCACAUAACUCAUUCGUUCGUGGUAUUAAUCAUUAUUUCUUCUCUUCAGACACAUCAACUUUUUUAUGUAGCAUCACUAAACACAACUAAAAGAUUUUUUCCCAUAACCGUACAUUAUACAUGCACUUAAAAACAAAAUUUAUAUUAGAUGUAUUUUUUUCGAUAUUUUAAACUUAACAUUAUUUUACUGUAUCGUAGAUACACGUCAUUUUCUUUUACAGAAACGCUCAUUUGGUAUAUUUUCCUCAACAAGGUUCUUAGCAUUCUUGUUUUCUUUUCCAGG